ACUAGCCGACAUUCUAAUACUGGACUUCACGGGAGAUCGACGACGUAGCUUUUGUCAGUUUUGUAAUUAAACUAGUCAACAAUGGUGAUUCAGACUAUCGAAUUUGAUCCAAUGUGUGACAAGGAGAACCCGCAAAAAAUUUCAUUCGAGGACGUGUCGGCGGCUGCUUAUAGGAUCCAAAAUGGGAUCGUGAAAACUCCUUGCGUGAAAUCACACAUGUCUGCAAUUUACGACAUGGAUAUUUACCUCAAAAAUGACUUCCUUCAACACACUGGAAGUUUCAAAGAACGCGGCGCCCGCAACGCGCUGCUGCUGCUGUCUUCCGAAGCCAAACAGACUGGCGUGAUCUCCGCGUCGCUGGGCAACCACUCGCAAGGCCUCAGCUACCACGCCAACCUGCUGAAGAUACCCGCCACUGUGGUGAUGCCAAACGUAGCGCCUAUUAUGAAGAUUCAGAAAUGCCAGUCUUACGGCGCCAACGUCAUCGUGCACGGGAAUGACAUGAAGGAAGCCAAGUACCACGCCAUGACACUGGCCAAGGAGAGGGGACUUACCUACAUUAACGGCUACGACCACCCGCACAUAAUGGCGGGGCAAGGCACUGUGGGUCUAGAGAUCAUAGAACAAGUGCCUGAUGUAGAUGCUGUCCUGGUUCCAGUGGGGGGCGGCGGCCUGCUCGCUGGAGUCGCCACAGCCAUCAAGCAUCUCAAGCCCAACGUCCUCAUCUAUGGCGUGGAGACUGAAAAGUUUCCAAGUAUGGAGCAAGCAAUGAAACACAACGAACCAGUGAGCGUUGAAAUCCGGUCUACCCUGGCUGACGGUCUGGCGGUCCCCACUGUGGGGUAUAACGCCUUCCUCACCGCGAAACCCAUCACUGAUAAACUGAUUACAGUGAACGAGGAAUGGCUAGCACGCGCCAUCUUGCGGCUGGUAGAACAAGAGAAAUACGUGGUGGAGGGGGGUGGCGCGGUCGGUCUUGCAGCCAUCAUAGCGGGGCUUGUGCCUGAACUCAAAAAAAAGAAAGUGGUGUGUAUUCUGUCCGGCGGCAAUAUUGACACGACCAUCCUGGGCCGGUGCUUGGAGCGCGGCCUUGCGGCCGAGCAGCGGCUGGUCAAGUUCAAGGUGACCGUGAGCGACCGGCCCGGCGGCAUCGCCGAGCUGUGCCGCAACAUUGCCUCCAUAGGCGUCUCCAUCAAGGACAUCAUGCAGGAGCGCGCCUGGGUCUUUGGAGACAUUUUUAGUGUUGAAGUAAAAGUAGUAUGCGAGACGCGAGGGCCCGAGCAUCUUGAAGAGCUACGAGCCUUAAUUCGCAAAAAUUACAAGAAUUAUUAUUUCGCUCGGUACGAUUACAAAAUGUGCCGCACCGACACUUCAGACUGUUUCAAUUUGAAUGGAGGCUUUGAUGACCCAGUAUCCUCUAAAAGUUGAAAAUAAAUGGUUAUGUCUAUUACGAACUGUUGUAACAAUCCUAUUUAACAUUACAAAUGAGCAAGAUUCGCGAGUGUUUUUGACCUAUUAAUCUCAUUAAAGACAUUCUUCAUCUUCCGCCUACCCUUAUCCCAUUUUAUGUGGGGGCAGUACAGCAUGUCAGCCACAAAGACAUUUCUAACCUUAUUGAAUAGUUUAUACCUAUGAGUUAUUAUCACUUUUUCUGAAUCGAAUCAUUAAUGACUGGAAGUCGCAAUUAUGAGCGUCAUCAGAUCGCGACUUGGUGAAUAUUUACGGAUUUAACCAACGCACUCUCGCAGUGAAAGUUCUUUCAUCGUCGUGACAACCAGAAAAUUAAUAUUAAUUACUUAAAACCUUCGAUAAGCUUAAGCUUAUAAUGAUCAAAAAAGUCGUUAAUUUUAAUUUCUAAUACCCUAAAAAUUUUACUAUGCAAAUAAAUCUUUUGACAUUAAA